UCAGCGUAGAGAGGCAAACUCACCACUCGCCCGUUUUUGCACAUCUCACGAUCGAAUAAAGGCUGCUAAAAAGCGAGACGAGUCCGAGCUUGGGGUUCAGUCUUAGUUUUCCAUGAAGAAAAGAGGUUCAGCUGAGAUUGGGAUUGGGAAAUGUGAGAUUUUCAGGCUUCUUUUAUCAACUGCAUACGUGUCUCAAAAAAUUUAAGAUUUCUGGAUUUUAUUAAAACGCUCCAAUUUAUUCACGAAACGUAUAAUUUGCAAAUUUGUGAGGUUGGAUAUUAUUACAUAAAGUGAGAUGCGUGAUUCGCGUGUUAAAUACAGAUAAAGAUAACAGGAUAAAAAAUAUACUUGGCGAACACCACGUAAAAAAUGUUGUGAUAAAAAGUAACGCGAUUUAUCAUUAAAUAUCUAAAUAACUCACCUGGGUGGUCGCAAUCGUGCUGAUAGAUUAGAAAAGUGCGAUUUUUAUAGUUUAUCCGACUGAGAUUUAAAUACGUAAAAGUGUUUAUUUAACUAUAACUUUAUUCAAAAUAGUUUUGAAAACAAUAAUUUUAUUUUUAAAAAAAAUAAAAAUACAUGUUAAUCAGUAAAAUUUGACGAGUUACUUCAGCCAAUUUUCAAAAAAAGAUGUUUUGAAAAUACUGACAUUUUUACAAAACUAAUUUCUCAAUUCUUGGGACCGAUUACGAACUAUAUCCUACAUAGUUUAAAAAAUAUUAACUUUAUGUAAAAAAUAAAUACCGAUAUUAAUAAAUAAAAUUUGACUAGUUAUUUGAGCCAGUUUUCAGAAAAUGUUUUGAAAAUACCGACAUUUUUAUGAACCUUAAUUCUUAAUUCUUCAAACCGACUAGCAAUUCGCAAUUUUUUAAAAAUGUGAUUCCUUCUGGUUUUUAGUUAUCAAUAAAAUUCAAAAUUUUUCAAAAAAUGUCUCACUUAAAAACCAAUCUUUCCUGGGAGGACGGUUUUGGCACGUUAAAUCUGGAAUUUCCUACCUCCGAGGAAACCUAUUUGAACGAAUCGUUAACCUACGGGGAAGAUGGGACACGAUUUCAUUUCGAUUAUUUCCCCUCGUCGACGCCACUUUCGCCACUUUUUGGCGACCCUGGCGAUGGCGACAGGGCGAAUCCGUACUGGGAUGGCUGGGACUGGUCCACCGUUUGUUUAGUGAUCGUGCUAUCGUCACUAAUCGUGGUGACGAUUGUGGGCAAUUUGUUAGUUUGUUUGUCGGUCGUUUUGGUGCGAAAAUUGCGAAAACCACAAAAUUAUUUACUCGUCUCGCUCGCAUUGAGUGACCUUUUCGUCGCCAUGUUUGUCAUGCCGUUCGCCAUUGUGUUUGAAUUACAUGGAGGAAGGUGGCCCUUGAACUAUGGCUUGUGCGACUUGUGGGUCUCAGCCGAUGUCCUUUGUUGCACCGCGUCCAUUCUGAAUCUUUGCGGGAUCAGUUUGGACCGCUACCGAGCGAUUACGACGCCCUUGGAAUAUUCCGCUAAAACGACGCCACGUCGCAUGAUGGGGAUCAUUUUUGUGGUGUGGCUGCUCUCCGCGUGUGUCUCACUUCCUCCCGUCCUCCUCCUCGGAAACGUCCACACUGACCCCAAGGGUGAAAGCUUCUGUUCCGUGUCACAAGAUUUCUGGUACCAAAUUUACGCUACGAUCGCCUCCUUCUACGCCCCUCUUCUCGUCAUGCUGGUCGUGUACUUUAAGAUCUUACGGGUCGUGGCGGAUAAGAAGAAGCAAAUGUCGUGGAAGGCGACGACCACGACGACGAUCAAGCGCCCCUCGGCGGCGUCUUCCUCCCUCGUCGCCGUCGACAAGAAGGACUCGGUCGCCUCGGCGCACUCACAUUAUGGUCGCAGUUCGGGCUCUCCACUCAUCACGGUUACGACCACCGCGGCCACACCGACUCGCAACGGUCACUCCGUCCGAGGCAACACUGCCGCCAUGGUGGUUGCCAUGAGCAACGGGACUGCGCACGGAGGAGGUGCGGGGAACAACAAUGUCAACAAUAACAAGCAGCAGGGGACCAAUGGAGUCUAUUUCUUCCCGACAACGACGCUACAUAGGUUGAAGAAAGAGAAAUUAUUUGGGGGCUUGAAAGAGCACAAGGCAUCAACAGUACUGGGAAUUAUUAUGACCGCAUUUAUAGUUUGCUGGCUGCCUUUCUUUAUCCUUGCAAUUAUGCGUCCCUUCUUGGCACUUAACGAUACCGACGCUCCCGUUUGGGUCUGGUCAGUCUUCAACUGGCUCGGGUACAGCAACUCGGCCCUCAAUCCGUUAAUUUACGCCACCCUGAACCGCGACUUCCGGCGCCCCUUCAAAGAAAUUCUGUGCUUCCGUUGCGCCACGCUGGACUCCCUCAUGCGACGCGAGUUCUACCACCAGCAGUACGGCGAUGAUAAGGAAAACGUGGCCAGGAAGUUGAGCCGCGCCCAUGUCGCCAUCGCCAAUGCCUCCGCGCUCGACGACUCUGACCAGAUUCAUGACCCCGUCCGCGUCUAAGGUGAGGGAGGAGUGGAUUCACAUAGGGACAAAAAAUUGAAUUGCCAGUUAAUUGCAAACUGUGUUCCCACUUUUUAACAGUUUCUGAUAUUAAAUUAUUACAAAAUUAUUUGUAAUUCUGUUGGAUACUUGUAACCGACAGUGACCGCGGAAGGGUGUAGACAGAGGGGCAAUGGUUAUUCGAUGUCCCCAUCAUCUGCCCAUGUUAUAUAAACCCCUCCAUUCCCUAUUCUACAAUGCUAAUUUACUAAUGUCCCCAGAUGGCUUCCGCGGCCACUGGUAAUCGAAACGUGUAAAUUUUUAAAUUAAGAUACCCAAGGAAAAUCAGUAUUGUAAAGUUACCCAGAUCAAGGACGUCUUUUCACCUUGUUACAAUUUGCAAACUCAUUUUACACAAUUUAUUGGGUUACAAAUAUCCGCGUGAAUUGCUUCAAUGUUAAAAAUAACAAUUGGAAGGCAUUUCUUUAAUUAAUGUGUCUGACCGGUUGAUCUCGUAGCACCGAAAAGGUGCUAAAAUCGUUAAGUUUUGUCACUAAUUAGUCAAAUUGCGUGUGAAUAUUCUUCGAGGGAGAUUAUAUUAUUCGUGAUAAAAACUGUACAGUGUCAAAUAUCAAGAGAAACAAUUAAUUUUAGUGAUAUUUCCCAGUAUACGAUCAUCACCCAAAGUAAAUAAAUGUCAGUCUGAUACGUGAUAUCACUAAUAUUUUAGAAAUUAUUCACAAUACGGUAGCCUACCUAAAUACGUAAUUUGCACUAUUUCGUAAUAAAACACUGUAGUAAAGUGUAUGUUUGUAUGUAGUUUCAUUUAUUAUUGGGUCCCAUUUUCACGAAGGAUUAAUUAAGUAAUUAAUUUAAUUUAUCAAAUGUACUUAAGUUAUUAAUUUUUGUAUUUCUCAUAAAGUUCUGUACGUACGAAGUUACUUUAUUUUUUGAGAUUUUUGAUUUUUUUAAUGCGCACACAAUAUUUGUACAUGUCUCUUUUUAGCAACUUAUAAAAAACAUGUAUAUAUAAUAUUAAUUGUCUAAAGAUAUAUAUCCAACCUUGUCAAUGCCAUCCUGAAAUAAAAUCUAAUAUAGAUAAUUUCGUGUGGUGUGGUGAAUUUGUAUACGAGAAAAAGUAAAUUAUAUGCGUAAGGAAAACGCCACAUUUUAAUUGCUUGAAAUAUAUUUAAUUAGUUACUGAUUAGGUAAUUUAUAAAUAAAUAAAUGGAUAUGUAGAUAUGUUAAGGGUCCUAAAGUUUUAUGUGGACAAUAAAUUAAUUACAUUAAAGUAUUUGCAAAUAUCUAACUUUCAAUGGCAUUGUUUAUUUAUGUAAUGGUCAUAAGUAUUUUAAACCAAAUUUGAAAAAUGUGAAACUGUUACGACGAUGAAAUAAAUGGAUGAAAAUAUU